AUGGUUGACAAGCUCAUCACAGAGGAAACCAGCAAGAUGUUCCAGGCACCUGAUCUCCGACAAGUCACCGUGUUGACCAAAGCUGAAUGGCAGAGGAUUCAAAAUGAAGUAAAGCAGGGUGAGCGAGACAAGGAGAGUAUGAGAGAAGCAGAGAACCAGAGAAAAGCCCUGCACCUGAAGUCAAAGCAGAUGGUGAAAGAGUGGCCAGACACCAUCGCUAAUCAAAGGCAAAAGAAGCUGGAGGCGAAGAAGAUCCGGGAGCAGAUCGAGGAAGAGAAAAGGAAACAGUUGGAUAUAGAAGAGGCCGAAUACAAUGACCAACAACGUAAAGAGGCCAUUGUGAAAGCCAAGACUCAGCUCUACUAUCAAACCGACCAAAUCAAAGGAUUACAUAGUGCACUCUUGCUGACAGAGGUGCUGAAGGAGAGGGAGGCUCAGAUUGAGCUGAAGAAAAGGAUAAAGAGUGUCUCUAAAGAUGUGGAAAAAGAAUUCAUCAAUUUGGCAGGGACCAGAAAGGAUGAAGCUCUGAGGGAGGAGGAGGAGAAAGCCGCCCAGAGGAAGCUUGAGAAACUGGCUGUUGCAGAAGAGCUGAAAAAUCAGAUGAAGAAACAUGAGUUGGCCAGAGAGCGACAAGAGAGAGAGAACAAGAAGGAGGGAGAGGAAAUCCUUCGCCUUCAUGAGCUCUAUCUGAUGGAGCAGAGAAUGGAGGAGGAAAGACAGGAAGAGCAGAAGAGAAACCUGAAGCAGGCUCAACUGGAACAUGUCAAUAAAAGAGACCUCAUGAGAGCAGCAGAGGCCCAGAAACAGGCGGCUGAAGAGGAGCAGAGGAAACUGUUUCUCUCUGCGAAACAAAAAAUGAUGAAGUUAAGGAAAGAGAAAGAAACUGAAUUGUUCAGAGAGGUCCAGAGGCAGAGAGAGGGGCUCAUGAAGAAACUGACAGACCAGCAGCAGGAGCAAACUGUGAACGAGGAUCAGAGGAUCGCGAAGGCCGUCGCCGAACAGGAGGCCAGACGUGAGCAGCAGCUGAGGGAGGAGGAGGAGAAAAGGGCUGCAGGGUCAAGGUCCAUCGCUGAACACAGAGAACUGAUGAGACAAGAAACGGAGCAGAGGGACAAAGAAGAGCAACAGAGAUCCAGAGACAUGCAGGUGGCAAAGAAAGAGGCUGACAGCAUAUUUUGUGAGAAAGAAAAAGCGAAGGCUCAGAGGAUCAGAGAAGAUCUGAAAAAGAUACAAGACUGCAAUUCAAAACGAAUGGCUGCAAAAGCUGCCAGGCAACAGCAACUGAGACGGGAGGAAGAGGAGUUUGAGGCAAGGACCAGAGCCCUCCUGGCUGAGGAGGAAAAGCAGUUUCUAAUCUAUUCACACGAGGUCAUCCAUGCAGCAGCAGAGGCUCAGCGAGACGUCUUCCCACUUUGCAAAGCGGCAAGCGAAGGGAUCGGAGGAGGACUCGGUCCUGUUUUCGGGGGAGUCAGGCCCAGCUACAUGGUUCAGGACCGCAGCGGUGCUCAGAUGCCUAACUACAGCUCUGGUGCUACCCAGAACAUUAAAGAGCUUCACGAGACAGUAGAUAUCCAAGAAGCAAAGAAGAGACUGGGGUUCAUGUGGGAAGACUAA